UGCGAUGUCGCGAUUGUGCGCUCUCAUAACGGAAGAAUGACAGCCCUACUUCUUUGGCGCAAACGUCGUUCCCACCCCCACUACCGGGUCGUGCCUCGCGGCGCCUCUUCGCGAGCACUUGCAGGACGGCACCGACAUUCACGCUCAACGUGCGAAGGCAUCACCUACUUUAGCGACACCGCGCCUCGAGGCGUUCAGGGCGUGGCUUACGCGCGGACAUGAGCUGAUCGACUGCUUGGCCUGACGUGAGACUGAGAUGGGCGGGCCUUGGACAUGGCGGAAGUCCGCGGCGCAUUUAGAGUUGAACGGUGGCGCAGGCG